AAGAAGACAAAAAGAAAAAAAAAUAAAACGAAGUAUCCAGAGGCCACGAGUCCAGGCGCUUCUCCCCCCCGAAGCUCGCGCGCACGCACGCACGCUGGGCGCUUCUUCUUCCCCCGCGCAUCGUCCGAAAUCCUCCGGAUUUUCUGAGGAAUCCCCCCGAAUUUCCUUGCGUCCCAUCAUGGCCUCCUCAGAUGUCUCCGUUGAUGUUCGGCCAGAGUUUAACUCUUUUGAUCAUUUGAGAAGCAUACGAUAUAUUGCAACAGAUAGACCAUGGCUGACGUUAUAUGGAAUAAGAGUUCAACCUGUAACACCAUUCAGCAGUUUGAGCAGUAGACCUGAUCUGGCACUCAUUCAUCAAUGCCUACCUGAUGAGCUGCUUUUUGAGAUCUUUGCAAGGAUGAGUCCAUAUUCUUUAGGGAGGGCUGCUUGUGUGUGUCGCAAGUGGAAAUAUACUGUACGCAAUCCGACUUUGUGGCGGAAUGCUUGCCUCAAAACUUGGCAGAGGACUGGAAUGGAGGCUAACUACCAGAUGGUGCAGUCGCUAUAUGAUUCUUCUUGGAGGAAAAUGUGGAUGCUGAGACCAAGAAUCCAAUUUGACGGUCUUUAUGUUAGUAGGAACACAUAUAUCCAUACGGGGACUGCGGAGUGGCAGUUCACAAAAACUGUCAAUGUGGUUUGCUACUAUCGUUACUUGAGAUUUUUUCCAAGUGGAAAAUUCCUCUACAAGAUUUCCCCACAGAAGAUUAAGGAUGUUGUCAAGUGCAUGCAUUUCCGGGCAUCCAAAGGUGAUUGUGUAUUUAAAGGCGACUACGUAUUGUCAGAGGAUGGCCAGAUAGAACUGGCACUCCUGUAUCCAGGGCGUCGCUACACACUAGUUAGGAUGCGCCUCAGGCUUAGAGGCACAACUCUGGGCGCAAACAACAGGUUGGAUGUAUUGAAGAUCUUAACCACCGGGGUGAAUGCAACCGAACUGAGAAACUGGAAAGGCAGCGUGCUUGAACUUGUGGAGACCUGGGAUGAGGAUGAGACGCAUGAUCCAGAAGUUCCUGCUGUUACCCACAGCAGGGGUUUGACCCCAUUUGUGUUUGUUCCAUUUGAGGAGGCUGAUACUUCAGUGAUGAAUCUGCCAGUGGAGAAGAUGGACUACUUUGUCCCUGGGUGAUCUUGCGCACAAAUAAUAGUUUUUCCAAGAUAUAUGAUGAAGACGCAAUUUCGCUGAUGUUAGGGCAAUAAUGUGCAUACACCAUCAGACGUCAGUCUUUGUUCAAUUUCAUGCUCAUGUUGCUUGUAUACUGUUGUAUGAAUAAUGCUAUGUUUUGUUGGUGCUUGAAAGCAAACAUUUUGUUGGACCAUCCUCCCGCAGCAAUAAUGGUCCAAUACUUACUAGUACAUGGUGUUGCCUUGUAAAUAGAUCAUGGUGCAACUGAUGAAACAAUACAUUUGUGGUUCAGUACAUUUCUCACCAAACACUGGCCUUGUGAUAUGUAGUACAGAUGAGAACCACAUGUAAUAUAAUGUAAUGUAAUGACUGCUCUUUCUA